AUGUCUACUCAGGCUCGUGCCGUCGCACUCAUCCUGUUCACCCAGUACUCUCAAGUUGUCAUGUCUGACUCCCUGCCGAGCUUGAAGUCCUUAGCCCCGGCCCACACCAAGGCCCUUGUAGCCCUCUUCGUUCUCCUUUUCGUUGCAUGUACCCUGGCACAGGCAUACAAUAUCUACCGCUGGCGGGGGAUAUGGAUGCUCCCUAUGAUGAUCGGCUGCUUCGUAUAUGCCAUUGGGGUUGGGAGCAUUCAGCACAACCUCUCCACCCAUUUCUUGUUUGCCGUGGUCCUUGGGCCUUGCGCAAUCAUUGCUGCCGAGUACAUUCUUCUCGUGCGCCUGGCGCGCCAUCUUCACGCAUCGCAACACCUCGCCAUCGACGCCGGGAAACUCGCCGGCAUCUUCCUUCUCUCGGAUUUCCUUGCCUUCGCCAUGCAGGCUGUAGGCACGGGUAUCGCCAUCGCGCGAAAGAAGGACCUCCACGACCUUGGCCGAUGGUGUAUGUUGGGCGGCCUUGGGCUCCAGCUCAUAGCGUUUCUGUUCUUCACUUCAAUCGUCGUGUCAUUCUUCCUCCGCCUGUGGCAGGCUUCCCCGGGGAAGGUGGCCCGGAGAAAGGGCUUGGCAUGGUACUCUGACGAUGUCUUCCUUGUCUGGGGAUUUAUCCUCUCGUGCCUUGUUAUCCUUACACGCUCGACAUAUCGCGUCGCCCAGUUUGCUAUCGACGGCGACGACGAGUCGCUCGGCUUCCUCGGCCACUUCAGCACCGACGUGUUCUUCUAUCUGCUGGACGCGGUUCCCCUGCUUGUUGUUGUCGUCAUAAACGUCGUCAUGUGGCCCGCCAGAUUCAUUACCGUACAGUCGAUGGCGAUGGCGCCGGGCGAGGAGGAAGAGAUGGCUACACGGUUGAACAGGCAGACGCUGCGCCGGGAACCCUCGAGGAUGUCAGAAGGCCCGCCGCGCUAUAUGGAGAACGGGGAAGACCUGCCGCACUAUGUGGAGGACGGAAAGUUUCACAAGUCUGACUGA